CAGAGGCGGCUGCCGCCACACUUCCGGGUACCGUUCCAGGAUGCAGAAGAUCUCAGUGCUGCUCUUCCUGACCUGGGUCUGCUUCCUCUUCUAUGCUGGCAUUGCCCUCUUCACCAGUGGCUUCCUGCUCACUCGUUUGGAGCUCACCAACCAUAGCACCUGCCAAGAGCCCCCAGGCCCUGGGUCCCCGCCAUGGGGGAGCCAAGAGGAACCCAGGGCCUGCUGGAUGGCUUCCCGAUUCUCCCGAGUUGUGUUGGUACUAAUAGAUGCUUUGCGAUUUGACUUUGCCCAGCCCCAGCGCUCACAUGUGCCCGGAGAGCCUCUUGUCUCCUUGCCCUUCCUGGGCAAACUAGGCACUUUACAGAGAAUCCUGGAGACUCAGCCCCACCAUGCCCGGCUUUACCGAUCUCAGGUUGACCCCCCUACUACUACCAUGCAGCGCCUCAAGGCCCUCACCACUGGCUCACUGCCUACUUUUAUUGAUGCUGGUAGUAACUUUGCCAGCCAUGCCAUAAUGGAAGACAAUCUCAUUAAGCAGCUCACCAGUGCAGGAAAGCGUGUAGUCUUCAUGGGAGAUGAUACCUGGAAAGACCUUUUCCCUGGAGCUUUCUCCCAAGCUUUCUUCUUCCCAUCCUUCAAUGUCAGAGACCUACACACAGUGGACAAUGGCAUCCUGGAACACCUCUACCCCACCAUGGACGGUGGUGAAUGGGAUGUGCUGAUUGCUCACUUCCUGGGUGUGGAUCAUUGUGGCCAUAAGCAUGGUCCUCACCACCCUGAAAUGGCCAAGAAACUUAGCCAGAUGGACCAAGUGAUCCAGGGACUGGUGGAUCGUGUGGAGAAUGACACAUUGCUGGUGGUGGCUGGGGACCACGGGAUGACCAUGAAUGGGGACCAUGGAGGGGACAGUGAGCUGGAGGUCUCAGCUGCACUCUUUCUGUACAGCCCCACAGCCCUCUUCCCCAGUGCCCCACCAGAGGAGCCAGAGGUGAUUCCACAAGUCAGUCUUGUGCCCACACUGGCCCUGUUGCUGGGUCUACCCAUCCCAUUUGGGAACAUUGGGGAGGUAAUGGCUGAGCUAUUCUCUGGGGGUGAGAACUCCCAGCCCCACUCCUCUGCUCUAGCCCAAGCCACAGCUCUCCAUCUCAAUGCCCAGCAGGUGUCCCGAUUUCUUCACACCUAUUCAGCUGCUGCUCAGGACCUUAAAGAUAAGGAACUUCAUCAGCUUCAGAACCUUUUCUCCAAGGCAUCUGCUGACUACCAGUGGCUUCUGCAAAGCCCCCAGCAGGCUGAGGCAACACAGCAGACUGUGAUCGCUGAGCUACAGCAGUUUCUGAGGGGAGCUCGGACCAUGUGCAUUGAGUCUUGGGCUCGUUUCUCUUUGGUCCGCAUGGUGGGGGGUGCUGCUAUCUUGGCUGCUGCCUGCUUUCUCUGUUUGCUGGCAUCCCAGUGGGCAACAUCCCCAGGCUUCCCCUUCUGCCCUCUACUUCUGAUACCUGUGGCUGGGGGCCUGGGUGGGGCUGUAGUAUAUGUUGGACUUGUGGCAACUAUAGGACUGAGGCUGGAUCUAGUGCUUCUAGGGGCUGUGGCUGCAAUGUGCUCACUCCUGACUUUUCUGUGGAAAGCCAGGGCUGCCUGGGGGUCCAGGAAGCCCCUGGCAACCCUGCUUCCCCUCCCUGGGUCUGUCCGGUUAUUCUUGCUUAUUCGCUUGGCAGCAUUCUUCUCUGAUAGUUUUGUUGUAGCUGAUGCCAGGGCCACCCCCUUCCUUUUGGAUUCAUUCAUCUUGCUUCUAGUUGCCCAGCUUCACUGGGAAGGCCAGCUUCUGUCACCUAAGCUGCUCACAGUACCUCGCCUUGGCUCUUCAUCCUCAACAGGCCUCCCACGGUACAGUGGUGCUUAUGCUCUGAGGCUUGGAGUUGGGUUGCUUUUAUGUACAAGGCUGGCUGGGCUUUUCCAUCGCUGCCCAGAAGAGACACCUGCUUGCCACUCUUCUCCCUGGCUGAGUCCUCUGGCAUCCAUGGUGGAUGGUCGAGCCAAGAAUUUAUGGUAUGGAGCUUGCGUGGUAGCAUUGUUAGCCCUGUUAGCUGCUGUACGUCUAUGGCUUCACCGCUAUGGUAAUCUCAAGAGCCCUGAGCCUCCCAUGCUCUUUGUGCGCUGGGGACUGCCCCUAAUGGCACUGGGCACUGCUGCCUACUGGGCAUUGGCUUCAGGGGCAGAUGAAAUACCCCCACGUCUCCGGGCCCUCGUUGCUGGGGCAUCAGUUGUACUGCCUAGGGCUGUGGCAGGACUGGCUGUUUCAGGGCUCAUGCUAUUGCUCUGGAAGCCUGUGACUGUGCUGGUGAAGGCUGGGACAGGUGCUCCAAGGACCAGGACUGUCCUCACUCCCUUCUCAGGCCCUCCAACUACUCAAGCUGACCUGGAUUAUGUGGUUCCUCAAAUCUACCGACACAUGCAAGAGGAGUUCCGGGGCCGGCUAGAGAGGACCAAAUCUCAGGGUCCCCUGACUGUGGCUGCUUAUCAGCUGGGGAGCGUCUACUCAGCUGCUAUGGUCACAGCCCUCACCCUGUUGGCCUUCCCACUUCUGCUACUGCAUGCAGAGCGCAUUAGCCUUGUGUUCCUGCUUCUGUUUCUGCAGAGCUUCCUUCUCCUGCAUCUGCUUGCUGCUGGGAUACCCAUCACCACCCUUGGUCCUUUUACUGUGCCAUGGCAGGCAGUCUCAGCUUGGGCCCUCAUGGCUACACAGACCUUCUACUCUACAGGCCACCAGCCUGUCUUUCCAGCCAUCCAUUGGCAUGCAGCCUUUGUGGGAUUCCCAGAUGGUCAUGGCUCCUCUACCUGGCUGCCUGCUCUGCUAGUGGGAGCCAACACUUUUGCCUCACACCUCCUCUUUGCAGUAGGUUGCCCACUUCUCUUGCUCUGGCCCUUCCUGUGUGAGAGUCAAGGGCUACAGAAGAGGCAGCAGCCCCCAGGGAAUGAAGCUGAGGCCAGAAUCAGGCCUGAGGAACAGGAGCAGCCACUGAUGGAGAUGCGGCUCCGGGAUGCACCUCACCACUUCAACGCCGCACUGUUGCAACUAGGCCUCAAAUACCUCUUUGUUCUUGGUGUUCAGAUUCUGGCCUGCGCCUUGGCAGCUUCCAUUCUCCGUAGGCAUCUCAUGGUCUGGAAGGUGUUUGCCCCCAAGUUCAUUUUUGAGGCUUUGGGCUUCAUUGUAAGCAGCGUGGGACUUCUCCAGGGUAUAACUUUGGUGAUGCGAGUGGAUGGUGCUGUGAGCUCCUGGUUCAAGCAGCUAGUUCUGGCCCAGCAAAGGUAGCCUAGUGUAUGGCUGCUGGCAUCUGGCUACUGAGAGAGCUAGAGAACAAUUUAGCCUGGCCGGUACAGGUGCUGGAUGAUCUGCAAGAGAGGCUCAGCUAUACCUCUCACUACUAUGCAGCCAGAGGCUGCGGACUUGUAGGACUUCAUUAUAUUAUAAUUCAGAAUCACAGUGGUGCCUAUCCCUGACUCCUAAUUUGGUGGCAUCUGAGGGACUAAGGGGAUUUCCCCAAAUGGAAUAAAAUAAUACCGUAAAUA